AACACGGCGACGCAAUGUAGUUGAAAGCAAGUAAAAGCAACCUUUUACAAUUCAAAUGAGAGAAGAGGAGGAAAAAAAACAAAACAAAACAAAAAUCCGGCUCUUCCCGCUCACAUUGCAUCCGUGCAACUUCCUCAUUAAGCGUGUCAGAGCUCGAGGGAGCGCAUCUGAAACGAGAACUAAAAGAGAAAAAGGCAGAAGCACGCCAUAAAGUAGCAUUGUAGGAGGUCAGCCGCUGCGGAGGAGACCGCAGCCACCAUGCUCCGACAGUCUCUGAGCAUUCUGAAGCAGCUUGGAUCUUCGGCAAAGUCGCAAGAUGUCAGCGAGCUUCUACACACGGACCUGGUUGUGGUGGAGCAGCGGGUGGAGCCAGCCAAGAGAGCAGCACAGAUGCUCCACAAGAAGCUGCAAGGCUGCAUGCAGAGUCAGACAGGGCCAGAUGCCGAAAGACGGAUGAAGAAGCUGCCUCUCAUGCUGCUGUCAAUCAGCAUGGCGGAAAGCUUCAAAGACUUUGAUGCUGACUCCUCCAUCAGGAAGGUGCUGGAGAUGUGUUGUUUCAUGGAGAAGAAGUUGGCCAGCCUGCUGGCAGACUUUGAGAUCAAAGUGGAGAAGGAAGUUUUGGAGCCACUGAAUAAACUUGGCGAGGAAGAAUUGCCAGAGAUUCUCAAAAACAAGAAGCACUUUGCAAGGCUUCAUACAGACUGGAACAAUGCUCGUCUCAGGAGCCAGGGCAGCACCGGUCCACAGGCCAAGCAGGACGGUCUCAAGGAGGAGGAGGAAGAAGCUCUGAGGAAGUUGGAGAUCAUCAAGAAUCAGUAUUCAGCAGAUCUGUAUCACUUUGCGACCAAAGAAGACAGCUACGCAAGCUACUUCAUUCGCCUUUUGGAGCUGCAAGCAGAAUACCACAAAAAAUCACACGAGUUCCUGGAUAAAAAUAUCAACGAACUCAAGGAGAAUCACAGCCAGAAAGGGCCGCCAGCAAACCCCUUCGGACCGAAGGUUUUCGGCGAGCCUCUUGCCUCUCAUCUGCUUCAGAGCAAACGGGAAAUCGCAGCACCCAUUCAAGAAUGUGUUCACAUGCUGCUCAGGACAGGGAUGAGAGAAGAGGGUCUGUUUCGUCUCACGGCGGCCGCCUCGGUGGUGAAGAGGCUCAAGACUUGCAUGGAUCAGGGGACGGUCGAUCACAGUGAGUUCCGCAUGGACCCUCACGCUGUGGCCGGAGCUCUGAAGUGUUACCUGAGAGAACUUCCUGAACCACUACUGACCUUUGAACUGUACAAAGACUGGUUCAAAGCAGCCGGUGAAAAAGACUGUACAGAAAAGCUGGAGCAGUUCCGAAUACUACUGAAGAAACUACCGCCUGAAAACUAUAACAACCUCAGGUACCUAGUUCAGUUCUUGUCGCUGCUGUCCGAGCACCAGGCUGCAAACAAGAUGACGCCCGGUAACAUCGCCAUCGUCCUGGGGCCCAACCUCCUCUGGCCGCAAGCCGAGGGGGAGAUCACUCUGUUUGACAUGGCGUCCGCCUCCUCGGUGCAGGUGGUGACAGUUAUUGAGCCUCUCAUUCAACACAGCGCCGUGCUCUUCCCUGAAGAGGUAUCCUUUGAGAUUCCGGAGCUUCCCAAGGUCCAAGAUGACCGGUCUAAGAUCUCAGAACAAGCGCCACUGAGCAGAACAGUCUCCACUUCCUCCACAGCCUCCUCCUCUUCAACUUAUCAUCUCCCUUGCUCCAAGACGAGCAGUGUAUCCUCUGAGGAUUGCGUCAGUGUCACCGCCGUGAAAUCCGAGAGACGCCAAGCGUGGGCUGCUUCUGCACACGAGGCCGCAACCACGACCCAAAAAGACACGACGACACUCAGCAGCUCACCCACCGCAAGAACCGGCUUGCUGCCAAUCCAGAACCCGAUCCCACAUCCCAGAACCGCAGGGUCCAACCCAGGACACAGCAGGGAGCCCGUCCAGAAGCAGUGCUCGGAGCAGUUGGAGCCCAUUUCGGAGCCCCCUCCCGUCUCACCGAAAGCAGUUGUGACGAUCAGCAAACCAAACAAACCAAAGAGGAGCAUCAGUGUGAGAAAAGCCAAUGAAACUAACGAGCCGUUGACAGUUCACUACAGCAAGACCAAAGCGCCGGUGCCGCCAAAGCCGCGGGCCCCUCCGGCACCCGCAGCGACAGACGGGAACCAGGUGACACGUCCGCCACCUCCAACUCGGCCGGUUGGUCUCAAAAAGCCGCCGAUUAAAAAGUCUGGACUUAAAGCCCCCAGUUGCCCUCCGCCGCUUCCGCCUGCGUUACAGUCCGAACAGGCUCCUUCAAUAGCACAGUAAGAUGAGAGCCACACUAUAUGGACCAAAGCUUUGACACACAGUCAAUGUUUAAUUGGCAUAAAUCCUCGUACCAAGACAUUGUGAGCAAUUCUAUGCUUCCGACUCAUGGAAACACUUGCCCUUUCAUGUAAGGUCCAUCAAGGCAAUGUUGGCUUAAGUGUGGAAGAACAUGAUAAACCUCAACCCCACCAAGCACCUUUUGGUAUGAGCUCAGGACCAACAUGAUCUCACGGGUGUUCUUCUGGAUAAAUGGACAAACAUUAACUUUUCACUUUUAUAUUAACUUCCAUUCCAUUCCAAUAGGAAGGUGUAAUGAUGAAGAGACCCAAUACUUUUGUUCACAGUGUGUGUUUGCGUAAUGUAAGCUUAGCUUGCCAUUUGUCCAAAUUCUUUCACUGGAAAACUGUAUUUAUUCUUCACCCACUGCAGUCAUGUUUUCCAGAGAGCAAAUAAAACCACACGUGCAAGAUAAACGUCAUUUCCAAGCAUAUAAUAAUAAUAUGAAUAUUUACUAUGCUUUUUGAUGGUUGUGACCUUACGAUACAAAGUCCCCAAAUGAUAGCAUUUUUAUUUCCAAUUAUUGGAAUUGACAUACAGUAUAAGGUGGGACUGCACUGUGUUCUGAAGGUGCUAGUAAGUACAGUACAUGUUUAUAGGGGAGUCAGAUGAUAUUUUCAUGGACAUUUGAAGGCAAUAACGUAGAUAUUAUAAUUUGUCUAUUAAAAAAACAGAAGUCCUCGUUAAAGGUGCACAGGGUUUAUACAAAAUGUCUGCAGCAUUAAAGGAACGAUUACAUAGUACAGCCUAUACUGUAGUUGAUAACACCAAAUACUGGUGUUAUUGGUCAUAUUUCUCAAUUUAUGUCAUGCGAUAACACUGUAUAAAAAUCCACAAGAUUUUAAGGCUCGCUUACCAUUCUCAUUCAUGUCAAGGUAAGUCUUCACUAAAAUGACUUUAAAUGUUCUUGACUGAAGUUAAACCUGAGACACAUGACAUGAGUAUGCUGAGUAUGCGGACCAACCUCCAGGAACCUUCUAUUUUGUAUCCAUGUCUGUUAUUGAUGGCUGUUUUGAGAGGCCAUCUCAGUGCAGCGAGCACAGCACACAUACUGCUAGAUUGUCGUCCUCUCAUACAGGAGGAAGUAUUGAGUAUAAAGUGAAUGGCAGGACCUCUUCAUUGAGUAACAUUCGCGUUUCCUCUUUUGCUUAAUCCUCUGUGGAAGUGUUGUUUGGUUCGAGCCUCAGUUCAACACAGUACUCCCAAAAAGUUUGGGAUAUAGGGCUUUCGGGUGACAUUUCAGAAUAGACCUAAAAUGCACUAUAAGGUGAACAUAAUUUGACUUCCUCUAACCUUUUGAUGUCAGCUCCUUGUUAGAGUACAGCAACUUGCGCAACAAGUAGUGAACUAUUGAACGGUUGGACAUUCAAAAACAUUUAGAGGGCAAAUUAAGAUUUAGGAGGGGCAAAUUAAAAAAUAGCAGAUAUCCGCAAGUAAUUGAUACCCAUCAAAAGGUUUAUAAUCGCCUACAGGUGCCACAAGAUGGUGGCAAAGCACUACUUUUGUCAAAAUUGAGCUCCUCAAUCAACUUCAACAUAUUUCCUUUUUCACCAAGAAACCACAAAAUGGCGACAAGCACUACUUUUGUUCCAUUGAAGGGCCUCAGUCAACUUCAACAUAGUUCCUUGGCACCAAGAUGCCACAAAAUGGCAUCAAAGCACUACUUUUGUCGAAAUGAGGCUCCUCAAUGAACUUCAACAUAGUUCAUUGGCACCAAGAUACUACAAGAUGGCACCAAAAUAAUGCUUUUAUUACUUCGGCCUGAGCACAUAAACAGUGAAUAGUGAGUUACAGCGACUUGGAGGGGGUUCAUUUUGAGUGCAUUUUACCUUCAUCCUGCAAUGUCACCCGCAGGCUGAAUAUCCUGAACUUUACGUGAAUAGUGUGUAUUGAAAAUAUGCGAGUCCUCAUUUUAGAUCCAUUUGUUGCAAAAAUGAAUUAUUGAAUUAUUAUCAGUGGGAAAAAAUGGGGAUCCAAUAUCAUGAACCUUAAAGAAUAAUAUCCUGUUUUCUGUUUGAGUUUCAUUGUUGAUAGUUUGCUUAUUGGAUUAGAAUUACAGAAAAAUCACAUCGUAUAUUUGCUAAUGAUUUUUAGUUUCAUGUGAAAACAGCUCAGACUUUGAUUUCAUCAUCAUCAUCAUCUGUGUAGCUGUAGGAUAUUUUCUUCAUCAUCUCUGAAUCGACCGGCUCCAUCCUGUUGUGACCACCGUAAUGGCGUGCGAGCACAUCCGCGGCACUCUGGAAGCGCUCACUUUCCAUUCUCACUGCUAAUUUCGCUCGCUCGGGUGCGACUUCCUUCAGCGCGUCAGGUAGUUUCGCGGUCAUCCCGACUCCGUUCACCUCAUUGGCGCUCCCCUCGUCGUCAUCCCAUUCCGCCCCCUGUGGACCCUUCCCGCCUGCGCAGUCCUCUCUCAGCAGGGAGUCCACAUAAGAGAUAGUAGCCGAGUCCAUCUCGGAUCCUUCAUUGGCGAGCCCUGACGGCGACCCCGUCUCGUCUCUCUCCCAGGUGUGACUGUCGCCGUCCAGUAGGCCGAACACCUCGCUCAUGAGGGAGGGGCCCAGGUCAAAGUUGAAGGUGUCCAGGGAGGUGAGGGAGGCGAAGGAGCUGGAAAAGGCGGUUGAUUUGGGGUCCAAGGUCACAACGGCAGAAGAGCGGGUGGUCAAGAUGGCGUCGGAGGGGUCGGUCAGAGAGCCGCGAUGCACGUUGGUCAAGUACGGGACGGGGUUGGAGAUGGAGGGCUGUUGACGCUCAGAGCGGGACAGACGAGGGAGUGUAACGAAGCCAGACUCCAAACCUGAAGAGGACACACACAUUACACUGAUACUUCAUAUUAGGUCAAAAGAUUAUUAUUAUUAUUAAUUAUUUUUUUUAAAUUUAUUUAUUUUAAUUGCAAUUUGUUAGUGGCAUCAUGCUCUGAGAUCGUUAACAUUAAAACGUAACAUUAUUUAUAAUAAAAAUACGUUUUUCGACAUAGCGCUGUCGCUUGGUCGAUUAUUAUUUUUUUGUCUUGAGAUACAAGCCAAAAAAUUAAGAUACACGUGCACUUCACUCCCCUAACGCUAGAUGGAGGCACCAAACUUCACGACAACCGGCCACCAUCAAUUAAGACAACCCCACAGAAGACCAAAGAAGGACAAUACAUGAGAUAACAGUCAUGCUUUGUCCUUGCAUUUUGUGUUUGCAGGUUAUGUGGAGAGCAAAUGUUACUACUGUGUGUUUUUAUACAGUACAGUACUUUUGAGUGUCAUCUUCUAAACACUUAUACACAUUUUCACAUUGCUCAAUGACUCUCCAUACUCAUGUUUUUUAUGUCCUAAAUGUGUAUUGUGUCUCAGUGGCUGUUUGUUGCCAUACUAGAGUGGCUCCAACUAUCAGAGACAAAUUCCUUGUGUGUCUUGUAACAUACUUGGCCAAUAAAUCUGAUUCUGACUGCGA